AUGGAAACUAUCGAAAGACGCGAGUAUAGUUUUAGUUACUCACCUGAGACGCCAGAAGAUAUUCGUGUUGUUGUCGGGAUAGAUUUUGGUACUACGUUCUCGGGUUAUGCAUGUGCUAGCGUCCGUACUUGUGAAGUUAUAACUAAUACGAAUUGGCCAGGGGUGAAUAAUGGCUCGUUUAAAACUAACACAGUAUUGCUAUAUGAUGAAAAUCUUAAAGUUAGUGAGUGGGGCGCUCGAGCUUUAGUUGGCGACACUCGAGAACGUAAAAAUAGAGGAAAUAAAUCACCAAAGCCUGUAGAACUUUUUAAAUUGCAUUUAGGAAAUAUUUCUGAUAAUAAAAAGCCAAAAUUACCACAAGGUCUUUCUCCUGAAAAAGCUAUUACUGAUUAUCUUCGUAUGAUGGAAUUCACUGAAAAGACGAAAGUUGUUAUGAGGCAAUGUAUUUACGACGCUAAUUUAAUUAAUAAUAUUGGUACGCAAAAUCUACAAUUCAGUACCGAGCCCGAAGCUGCAGCAGUACAUUGCAUAAAGGUGUUAAAAGACCAUAAGAUUAAUAUCGGAGAUACAUAUCUUGUUGUUGACUGUGGCGGUGGCACAGUGGAUUUAACGGUCCGAAAAUUAUUAGAGAAUAAUCGACUUAAAGAACCUACAGAGCGCUCAGGUGGUUUUUGCGGAAGCACUAAUGUGGAUAGAAAUUUUAUUGAAUAUCUUGAAAAUAUAGUUGGAGAACAUGCUAUUUCAUCAUUACGAGAGAAGCAUUACGGACAAUUCCAAUAUGUUAUUCAGCAGUUUUGUGAAAGAGUUAAACAUCAAUUUACUAACGAUUCUUCCGAUUUUAGAACAUUUGAAUUUAAUAUUGCAAAGUAUUGCCCUGCUCUUAAACAAUAUAUUAAAAAUCCGGCCAAAGAUAAGCUAGAACAAGACGAUUGGAUUAUUGAUAUUUAUUAUAAAAAUGUCAAGUUGUUUUUUGAUCCUGUUGUUGCACAAAUCCUUGAUUUAAUUAAUGAGCAGCUUAAAAAAAUUGACAAAUGUUCAAUAAUAUUUUUAGUAGGAGGGUUUGGUGAAUCUAAAUAUCUUCAAGCAAUAAUAAAAGAAAGGUUUAAUACUUAUAAAGUCGCAGUUUCACCAAAUCCAGUAGCAGCUAUAGUACGUGGUGCAGUUGAAUAUGGAUUGGACAUGGAUACAAUUAAAACUCGAGUACUUAAAUGGACGUAUGGUGUUGGAGCAUAUGAAAAAUUUCAGGAAGGUACCGAUGAGCAAUCGCGUAAAAAUAAAGAUGGAUAUGUUUUAAAGUUCAUUUUACUGGCAAAAAGGGGUAUUGAAGUAGAUGUAAAUCAAAAAUUUUCUAAAAAACUAACGCCAAAACGGCCAGAUCAGAAUAAGGCAUUCGUUGAAUUUUUUUACACACCAAAAUACACGCCCAAAUAUUGUGAUGAAUCUGAAAUACAUAAAUUAGGAAAUGUUGAAAUUGAUUUACCUGAUACAGGUCUUAAUAGGCCUAUAUUGGUUACGUUAUGUUUUGGAAAAAUGGAAAUGGUGGUAACAGUAAAAAACGAAACAGAUAGACGUACUUAUAGAAGUAGAUUUAACUUAGAAAUUUAA